CCCGGGCCCGGGACAAAUUACUCUUGUCUUCUCCCUUGCUCUCGCGUACAGAGCACCAAAGAAUCGCGCUGGUAUCGGAUACGCCUUCUACUACGGGAAUUACGCGUCGAAUGCUCAUUGCGCUGGCGAGGCGCUAAAAGUCUAGGUUGCCUGGGCAAUUUACUUGGGGUGGCCCCUUUGCCACCCAGCUUCAGUUUCUUGUCCUGCCACCAGCAAAGACACAAAAAGAGCUAGGACUCAACAAAGACAUACCGAACAGGAAAUAGGCACCAGAACGUAUAAAAGAGCUCCCAUUCUCUUUUCUCUGCCACCAUCUACUACUCAGCCUUGCGCACGACAAUGGAGAACGACUACGCCUACGAUGACGACGACGAACAGACCCAACAGGCGACGCAGUCGACUCAGCAGCCUUCGCAGGCGAAUCCUGUCGACACCAACAUAUGGGGUAUCCUCCAACCCUGCAAUGCCAACAACACUCGCAUGGAUUUCCCAAAGACGAGCCCUACGGUUCGCAUUGGACGUCAUGCACUGAAUACUUUUGUUCUUCCGGGGUGUAGAGUUAGCAAUCAGCAUUGUGAGAUAGUAUGGAACGGCGUCAGCGACAACGACACUGCUACUGUCACCGUACUGGAUAUGUCAACUAAUGGUACCUUUAUUAACGGCUCCAAACUUGGGAAAGGGCACCAAGGUCUCCUUCAUGAUGGGAAUGAGAUCUCGUUUGGCACGGUCAUCCCGCAAGGACCACAAAGUCACGAAGACUAUCGCUACAUAUUUCGUAUGGUCGCUGGCGGAGACAAACUUGAGGGCGUUCAUGUCGACUACGAAAUGUCACAUGAACUGGGAAAAGGCGCCUUUGCCACUGUCGUCAAAGCAAUGUCGCGUAAAACUGGUGAAUGGGUUGCCGUGAAAAUGAUCCAGAAACGCCCACAGGGAUCAACAUCUGUAACGACGACGCAAACUCAACUUAACAGGGAGAUCAAUAUUAUGACCAGUCUUUCGCAUCCCAACAUUUGCGCGAUGAAAGACGUCUAUUACCAUCAGGAUGGUUCAAUUAAUCUCGUGCUUGAACUUGUCGAAGGUGGUGAUCUCCUUGACUACAUCACUUCACGCGACGGUCUGUCGGAAGACUUAACCCGCCAUAUUACUUGGCAGUUGUGCGAUGCACUCGCGUAUGUCCAUAGUCUCGGCGUCACUCAUCGCGACCUCAAGCCGGAAAACGUUCUCUUGACCCAAGAUGAUCCCCCCAUCGUCAAGGUAGCAGAUUUCGGUCUCGCCAAGGUCGUCGACAGUCUUACAAUGCUUCGCACGAUGUGUGGUACUCCUAGCUACCUUGCUCCUGAAGUGGUCAAGCAAGAGAACCACCAAGGUUAUGAUAAUCUCGUGGACAGCUGGAGUGUUGGAGUUAUCGUGUAUUCAAUGCUCACGAACACCACCCCUUUCAUCGAGGAUGAAAACCAGCCUGAUAUACGAAUGCGCAUUGCUGAGCGACGGAUACAUUGGGAGCCUUUGGAGGCACAUAGUCCAGAAGCUCGGCACUUCAUCAAAGCGCUACUCGAAACCGACCCUGCGAAGCGUAUGACGAUGCAGGACUCUCGCAAACACCGUUGGUUUGACAGUUACACCCCGGUCUAUGACCUUGCGAACAAGAAUUCCGCUCCUAUGGACCAAGAACUUGCUUCCACGCCAGCAAACAAUGAAACCAACGGUGAGGCACCUGUACUACUCGAUGUUUCGAUGAAAUCCAACGGAGACGCCGAUGGAGAAGCGAUUGUCAGCAGUCAGAUGGACAAUCUCCAACUUGAUGCACCUACCCCUCCCAAACCUAAGAAUGAUAUUCCUCGACAGAGUUCACGCCUCGAGCGAAGGAGCGAUGUCUUGCUGCGCGCCGAGGAGGAGGGAAGGGAACUUCUGCAACCGUCACAAGAGAUGGUGUCCCGUGAAGAGAAGCAGAGGGAGUUGCAGGAAAGUGAACCUGCACGCAUCGACGCCCUUGAGGGAUCGAGCAAAAAGCGACCUUUCUCGGACCUGGAGGCCGUGGCUGAAGUGGAUGAGGCCUACGGCGAGGCCGAGCCGAUGGACCUUGCCUCUCCGAGGAAGAGAGGGAGAAGCGAGGAGAUGAUGAAGGAAGCGCCUCCCUCUGCGAAGAGCGGGAAGGGAAAGGUACCGCCCCCGCGUAAAAAGGUGCAACCGCACGUGCCGAACGAGAUGGUCCGGCCACCCAGGCGAUCUGCGCGGGUUGCAAAGCCCAAACAAGAGUAGAUGUAUAUUCGAGAUCCUUUGCUAUCUCUUUCAUUCAAUCUCAGUACCACGGACUUGUACAUCGUCCAUUAUUAUACCAAAUCAAUCUGUGUAUAUCUACAUUGGUCUAUUGCAAUCAACCUUUUUUUUGUAUCACUUA